ACAAAGGGGGUGACACCAGGGGAGCAGGGGACAUGGGGGGUGAGGACAAGGGCGCAGAGGACACAGGGAGUGACACCAAGGGUGCAGGGGACAUGGGAGGUGACACCAAGGGUGCAGGGGACACAGGGGGUGACACCAAGGGUGCAGGGGACGUGGUGGGUGAGGACAAGGAUGCAGGGGUCACAGGGGGUGACACUAAGGGUGCAGGACACGUGGGGGGUGAGGACAAGGGCGCAGGGGACAUAGGGGGUGACACAAAGUUGGGGGCAGCUGAGGGCGAUGCCGUGGGGGACACCGGCAGCGGUGGGGGGGCAGCAGCACCAAAGGGUGCUGGUAGCGGUGCCAAGGCUGUUGAGGCUGCAGGGGGGGAUGCCAAGGGCACAGGGGGUGCCCAGGCAGAGGGUGCCGGGGGGGCGGCGGAGGGGCCGCAGGCAGCAGCUGGGCCUGGGCCAGCAGCAGCAGGCAGCACCCUGAGGCGGCAGGAGCCUGCCUGGCUGCAGGAUGAGGAAGACGAGCUGUGGCCCGAGUUCCCCCCCUGCUCAUCCCCAGGGGGGGCGACCAGCCCCACAUCACCCCUGUCCCCCACGUCCCCUGUGUCCCCCAUGUCCCCAGAAUCUCCCACGUCCUCCACAGCUGACACCACCGAGGGCUCGGAGGGCAGCAAGAGGGGUACGUCAGCAGGGGGGCCGCAAGGCCAGGCACCCCCCAGGACAGUGGGGCUGAGGCCAAGACCGGAGGCUGCCUGGGGGCGGCCGCGGGCAAGUGCCCGAGCCCAGGGGCGCAGCGCCAUCCUGGAGAAGUUUGGAGGCGCGGCCACGGGGCCAGCCCCACACCUGAAGCGGACAGGGGGUGCUGCCACGGUGAAGGCCAUGCUGCUGGAGUGGUGCCGCGCCAGGACCCGCGGCUACGAGCACGUGGACGUGCAGAACUUCUCGGGGAGCUGGGGCAGCGGCCUGGCCUUCUGUGCCCUCAUCCACAGCUUCUUCCCUGACGCCUUUGACUACGGCAGCCUCGAGCCCAGCGCCCGCCGGCAAAACCUGGCCCUGGCCUUCACCACUGCUGAGGAGCGGGCGGGCUGCGCCCCGCUGCUGGAAGUGGACGACAUGGUGCGGCUGCCGGUGCCCGAUGCCAAGUGUGUCUACACCUACCUGCAGGAGCUGUACCGCUGCCUGGUGGCCAAGGGGCUGGUGAAGACCAAGAAGCGCUGAGGGGGCUCCCCAGGGCCCCCAACCAUGACACCCCUGUCCCCGUCCCACAUCAGUAAAGGUGCCAGUGCCGGGCUGCGGCCGCCUUGUCCCUCAUGGCAGGGACGUGGGCACUAAGCGAGUGUCUGAGAUGGCGCUGGGGUGGGCACAGUGCUGGAACUGCCCCACUGCCAC